AUGGAAACUCCAGGGUUGAUCGUGUGGAGAUUCAUCACGCUCAUCAUCGGUUGCAUGACGGCCCAAGGGAAAUCACUUUUCGCCCUGAAAGUGCUCAAGGCGGAAGAUGCGGACGCCUUUGCACUCGAGGUGAAGGCAUUGAUAAAGAUCAAGCCUAAGCCGCAUCUUGUCAAUGCAGUGACGGCUUUCAAAUACCAGGACAAGUACCACCUCAUUUUCAAAUGGGCGGAAGGCGGCAACCUAGCCGACUUCUGGAAGUCACAAGACCCAACCCGUGACUUGUCCCACGAUUCCAUUUGCUGGUUUGCUCAACAAUGCCACGGUCUUGCGGACGGACUGGACGGGAUCCACAACGCCUCAAUAUCAUUGGAAGAACUCGAAAAUGACACUACUCCCCAAGACUCGUCCCAGCCACAGACAGGCGCGGCGGUGGAGGAAGAGAACCAGAUCCACGGAAGACAUGGCGACAUUAAACCACAGAACAUUCUUUGGUUCAGUGACCAUGUCAACGAUUACGGACGUGGUGUUUUGAAAAUCACAGAUUUUGGUAUCACUGCCUUCCACAGCGCCCGAACAACAAAGGUACCGGCGAAAUACGUGCAAUUCACCAGGACAUACGCAGCACCGGAAAUUGAGGUCUUUGAACCAAACUUCGAAGGUUUUGUAUCACGGCCAUUUGAUAUGUGGUCACUCGGAUGUGUCUAUCUCGAGUUCAUAACAUGGAUCCUUCUGGGAUACGAAGAGGUUGAGAAAUUCGCUAAAGACAGAAAGGCGGAGAAAGGGAUCCGAAAGAAGUUCGACGAGGACACUUUCUACUCUAUUCACAAAAGUGAUCGUUCCCUAUUCCGCUCAGCAGAGUACUCCACUGCCAAGAACAGUGUGAUUAGCUGGAUAAACAAGUUGAGAGACCAUAAGGACUGCAGCCAAUUCUUUCAUGAAUUUCUUGAUUAUAUCCAGCAGAAGAUGCUAGUGGACAAGGAAAGCAGAGAAAACAGCGCCAUGGUCCGAGAGAAACUGUCCAAGAUGUUUACCGCAUGCAAGCGAGAUCCGGAGUACGCUUCAACCCGAAUACAGCCCAAAGCCUCUCGCUGGAGAGAGGCCUUUUACAUCUGUUUCUGCUAG